GGGGGCAAAAGGGAGUGGAGUGCGCGGUUGUCCGGGCAGCCAUUGCGGGUACUUUGUCCGAAACCGCGGAUACAGUUGAGUGCUGUUUGCCACGCAAAGAAAAUCAAAAGUCAUCCCUAAAGAAAGGUGCUGCGUGUAAAGCCCGGGACGCGCACAAAACCCCGGCCCGAUGGCUGAAUCCGACAAACUGAAUAUUGACAACAUCAUAGCUCGGCUCUUGGAAGUGCGGGGAGCUAGGCCAGGAAAAAAUGUGCAGUUGACAGAAGGAGAAAUAAAAGGACUAUGUUUGAAAUCACGUGAAAUUUUUUUGUCACAACCUAUUUUGUUAGAGCUUGAAGCACCGCUUAAAAUAUGUGGUGAUAUUCAUGGGCAAUAUUAUGAUUUAUUACGGCUAUUCGAGUAUGGUGGAUUUCCACCAGAAAGUAAUUAUCUUUUCUUAGGAGAUUACGUUGACAGAGGAAAACAGUCUUUGGAGACAAUUUGUCUCCUUCUUGCCUAUAAAAUCAAAUAUCCUGAAAAUUUCUUUUUACUUCGUGGAAAUCAUGAAUGUGCAUCUAUUAACAGGAUAUAUGGAUUCUAUGAUGAAUGUAAACGUCGAUAUAACAUUAAAUUAUGGAAAACAUUCACGGAUUGUUUUAAUUGUUUACCCGUCGCGGCAAUAGUUGAUGAAAAAAUAUUUUGUUGCCAUGGUGGUCUUAGUCCAGACCUUCAAAAUAUGGAACAGAUCAGACGUAUCAUGCGACCAACGGAUGUACCCGAUCAAGGAUUAUUGUGUGACUUACUGUGGUCAGACCCAGACAAGGAUACAAUGGGUUGGGGAGAAAACGAUCGUGGCGUAUCAUUUACAUUUGGGGCUGAAGUAGUUGCCAAAUUUUUACAUAAGCAUGACUUUGACCUCAUAUGUCGUGCUCAUCAGGUGGUAGAAGAUGGCUAUGAAUUCUUUGCAAAGAGGCAGUUAGUUACUCUAUUCUCGGCACCAAAUUAUUGCGGCGAAUUUGAUAAUGCUGGAGCGAUGAUGUCCGUAGACGAAACACUUAUGUGUAGUUUCCAAAUUCUGAAACCAGCCGAUAAAAAGAAAUUAACGUAUGGUGGCCUCAACGCAAAUAGACCAGUGACUCCUCCACGAGGUGGUGGCAAUAACAAAAGCAAGAAGAAGUGAAAUCCUUAGAUUUGCUUCUCAUCUUUUUUUUUAAACGCAACGUUUUAGAACUCCGAAGUAACUCCCUCAAAAACCUACCAUCUUUUGAAACGUUAAGUUCUUGUAAGAGAAAAGAUGUUGCUGUUAUUAUUUCUUCUAGUAUCGCUAUUAUUAUUAUCAAUGCUACUACCAUAUUACUUUUGAAUUUAUAAUGAAUUCCAUUGAGCUACUUAUGGUGACACAAUAAGUAAACAAAUGAAAUCCGGAGGGGCAUUGCUUGGUAAACAACAAAAAAGGAGAAAGUUUUUCAAUGAUAGAACGGUUCUAAGUAAAAAAAAAAAUAAAUAAAAUACUCUUAAAUAAGUGUUUAGAAGGAAUUUCAUUCUAAGUUUGACGAUUCAAAAGUAGAAUAGAAAUUCGUGGCAACUAUCAUAAAAUUCUUACAAAAAGAAGUAUAUCAUUUCAAAAUUCAUAACAAACUCAUUCAUAAUUAUUCGCUAUAAUAUUUUCUUCGACAUUUUUAUAAAUCGACUUAUUUAGGACGUUUACGAUAUCAUCGAUCAAAACAACAUGGUAUAAUGCAAUUGAUACAAUGCCAGGGACAAUUUUAUUAUGCCACUCUUCGCUGUCGUGACAUGCAAACAUACAUUGUUACUAAGAUUAUUAUUAUAAUACGUAACAUCAAGCAUAUAGUGGUUUUGAACAAUAAGUGUUUGAAAUGUGAUACAUAGUUUCGGCUUUAUUACAUUUCUGUAAAUUGCACAAAAUUUGUAAACGACAUACAGAUACGACUUUCGUAAAGGAACCGUUUUUGUAGAAUGCGCUUUUGUAAUUAAAUUUAUAUAAAUCACAAAAAAAUGACGUUUUAGCUGUUCAAUCAAGAUCGAUUUUAAAUCAUAUUUUUAACAACUAAAAGAAAGAAAAUCGAAAAAGAUUUAUACAUAUAUAUAUAUAUUCCUUAUUUAAACCUACAUCCCAUGAUAAAUUUAUAAUGUUCGAAAAGCGUUGACUUAUAUAUUUCGCGAAGCUUCUCUGGAUUUGAUUCAACAUUCUAGCGGUUACUAAUUUUUUGGGAAGGAAUCAUAAUAAUAGAAUUAAUAUACAAUUGAGCUGUAAAUGUGUAUAAUGCAAGUAGUGACGUUAUUCAAAUAUGUAUACAUACAAUUCAAAGAACGAAGAGUGUAAGAAGAAACCCCGAUUUCUAAGGAUUUCAUCGUAUAAAUGUUAACGAUCUUAUUUUGUGGGGACAACUUCAUUAAUUUCAGGAGUAUAUAAAUAUAUAUUAUUGAUUUUGUUCA